AUGAACGGCAUGGACGGAGACGUGGAGUAUGAGGAGAUCACACUGGAGAGGGGUAACUCCGGCCUGGGCUUCAGCAUCGCCGGUGGGACUGAUAACCCUCACAUCGGAGACGAUCCCAGUAUCUUCAUCACUAAGAUCAUCGCAGGAGGAGCUGCGGCGCAGGACGGACGGCUGAGGGUGAACGACAGCAUCCUGUUCGUGAAUGAUGUGGACGUGCGUGAGGUCACUCACAGUCUGGCGGUGGAGGCGCUGAAGGAGGCGGGGCCAAUCGUCCGGCUCUACGUGCUGCGACACAAACCCCCUGCAGAGAAAAUCACAGAGAUGAAGCUCAUCAAAGGCCCUAAAGGUCUGGGCUUCAGCAUCGCGGGGGGUGUGGGAAACCAACACGUUCCUGGAGACAACAGCAUCUACGUCACCAAGAUCAUCGAAGGAGGAGCCGCACAUAAAGACGGGCGACUGCAGAUCGGAGACAAGAUCCUCGCUGUGAAUAAUAUGUAUCUAGAGGACGUGAUGCAUGAAGACGCUGUAGCGGUGCUUAAAAACACAGGAGACGUGGUUUAUCUGAGAGUAGCCAAAACUCUUCAUCAUCAUCAAGACGCCUACAAUCCUCCUGACAUCACCAGCUCAUAUUCUCCUCAUAUGGACAUGUCUGACUACCCACAAGCCCUCAGUCCCUCGUCUCCACGCCGUUACUCCCCCAUCCCUAAAGGACUGCUGCUGGGGGACGAGGACAUUCCCAGGGAGCCGCGGCGUGUGGUGAUCCUCAGAGGCUCCACGGGGCUCGGCUUCAAUAUCGUGGGAGGAGAGGAUGGUGAGGGGAUCUUCAUCUCCUUCAUUCUGACAGGAGGAGCUGCAGAUCUGAGCGGAGAGCUGAGGAAAGGAGAUCAGAUCCUGAGUGUGAAUGGUGUGGAUCUGCGUCGAGCGACUCAUGAGCAGGCCGCAGCGGCGCUGAAGAACGCAGGACAGACGGUCACCAUCAUCGCCCAGUACAGACCAGAGGAGUACAGCAGGUUUGAGGCGAAGAUCCAUGACCUGCGAGAGCAGCUGAUGAACAGCAGUUUAGUUUCUGCAGCAGAAUCAUUACGGAGCAGCAAGAGAAGCUUCUUCAUCAGGGCUCUGUUUGACUACGAUAAGACGGCGGACGGUGGCUUCCUGUCGCAGGCGCUGAGCUUCAGGUUUGGAGACGUUCUGCAGGUGUUUGACUGCAGCGAUGAGGAGUGGUGGCAGGCCGGAAAACUGACCCCACACGGAGAGAUGGAGGAGACCGGAUACAUUCCCAGCAAGAGGAGGGUGGAGAGGAAGGAAUGUUCCCGUCUGAAGACGCGUGGCAGAGACGCCGUCGGUGGACGCAGUGAAUACAUCGUCAGCUAUGAGACGGUGAUUCAGGCUGAAGUGCACUACGCGCGUCCCGUCAUCAUCCUCGGGCCGAGCAAGGACCGCGUCAAUGACGAUCUGCUCUCCGAGUUCCCCGACAAGUUCGGCUCCUGCGUCCCACACACCACGCGGCCCAAGCGCGAGUACGAGGUGGACGGCCGAGACUAUCACUUCGUGUCUUCACGUGAACAGAUGGAGAAGGACAUUCAGAGCCACCGCUUCAUCGAGGCCGGACAGUACAACAGCCACCUGUACGGCACCAGCGUCCAGAGCGUCAGACAGGUGGCCGAGCAGCACGGGAAACACUGUAUCCUGGAUGUUUCAGCAAAUGCAGUGAGGAGGUUACAGGCCGCCCAACUUCACCCCAUCGCCAUCUUUAUACGACCCUCAUCCCUGCAGAACAUACUAGACAUUAACAAGCGAGUGACGGAGGAACAGGCCCGAAGAGCUUUAGACCGAGCUGUUAAACUGGAGCAGGACUUCAUCGAGUGUUUCUCAGCGAUCGUGGAGGGCGACAGCUUCGAGGAGAUCUAUCACCAUGUGAAGUCUGUGAUUGAGGAACAGUCUGGGCCGUAUAUCUGGAUCCCAGCACGAGAGAGACUGUAAACACACACACACACACACACACACACACACUGCAGCAGGGGCUCAUGGGAGUCUGUGUGAAGGUCAGUUCAUUGCGCUGAAGCUCGUGUCUCCGGAUGAUCUUCAGAUUUACACCAACAGCUCAUCACAUCCUCCGUGCUCGGGACGCUUACCUCAUCUCCAUGGCAACGGUUCAUCGUGGGGUCAGACAAGGUCAGAAACCAUGACCAAGUGAAAACACCACAGCGCUGUUUGUGUGAGCUAGCCUUAAUGUGUGUGUGUGUGUGUGUGUCUCUGUGUGUGUGUGUGUGUGUGUGUGUGUGAGUGAGGGUCUGCGUGUGU